CAAUCGAUAGUAAACCAUAAUUUCUACCGAAAACAAAGGCUAUAAUAAAACUUAAAUUGUAAACGCAUUAAGUUUUACAUUUUCAACUGUGCACAAUUAUAUGGAAAAGUACAGAUAAAUAAAUACAAUAUAUAUUAUACUCUUAUUCACAAGAUCCAGUUUGUCCGUGUUCGUAACAUUAUUGAUUCUAUCCUAACCUAAAUUAGAAGCAUUUUUGUCUCGAUAGUGUAUCCGUGGGAUACCUCCAAAUAUUUUGGAGCUUAUUAUUGGCAAGAGAAAAGACAAAUUAUGAUAAAUAAGACUUUGUCAUAAUCUUCGUAAAUAAAAUAAAGCGCAAAUAUGAGCGGUGGCAUCGCUCCAAGCAAGUCGACUGUUUAUGUAUCGAAUUUACCGUUCAGCUUAACCAACAACGACAUACAUCAACUGUUGGAAAACUACGGGAAAAUUAUCAAAGUAACAAUACUGAAAGACAAGGCAACGCGUCAAAGUCGCGGCGUCGCCUUUGUGCUAUUCCUCAAGGCAGAAGAUGCUGUGUCUUGUGCGAAAGAUCUUAAUAACAAGGAGAUACAAGGUCGUACCGUGAAAAGUUCAAUAGCAGUCGAUAAUGGCCGCAGCACUGAAUUCAUACGUCGUAGGGAUUAUCCCGAUAAAUCAAAGUGCUACGAGUGUGGACAGCAAGGGCAUUUAUCGUAUUGCUGUACCAACAACACAUUAGGCCCUAGGGAACCACCAGCAAAAAAAAUUAGAAUACGAAAGAAAAAUGUGAAAGAAAAACAAGAGAAAUGCAAUACAAGUUAUUUUGAUAGCGAUAGUGAUGAAGCAACAAGAAUACCAAAACGCAGCUUUGAUGACGUCAACGAUGUCGGUGAUGAGACAGACGAAGAACCGGAAACGUUAAGUGCUGUUAUCGCACUUGAGCAAAGACGAAAUGAAAUGGAGCGUAGAGAAACAACAGAUGAACACGAUAGAAGAGAAAUGACUGUACCAAAGAAGCGUUUUAAAAAGAAUAGCUAUUUCAGCGACGAAGAGGAUUUUAGUGAAUAAUGCUUAUCUAUGAUAUGAAAUAUGUAUAAAAUCUCGAAGGUAUUAUAUAUUGAUAAAUAUAUAUAAAUAUAAAUAGUUUCGCUUUCGUUUCCAAAGUACGAAUUUCAAACUAUAAUAAAAAAUACUUCAAAUGUAUUCUUAAUUUAAUUUUACUGUCAGCACAUGGCAGGAGUAUUAAUCAAAUAUUUGUAACAUAUUUAGAGAUAGAAAUUGUCUUUCUCAUAUAUAGGCUUUGAACUUAACAUUUUUAACAAGAUUGCUACCUACCAAGUAAUAUUAAUUACAAUAGCAUUUGACGCAAUUAUAUACAGAAUGUCCCAAGUUUAUUGAUUUUAAAAUAAAGUAAGAAAUUUUUCAACAAA